GGGCACAGCGGGGCCAUGCGGCUGCUGCGGUGCCUCGGGAAGCGAGCGGCGCUCGCCGGCGUCCCCACCUACAUCGAGCACUUCAGCAAGUUCUCGCCGUCUCCGCUCUCCAUGAAGCAGUUUCUGGACUUCGGCUCCAGCAAUGCCUGUGAAAAGACAUCGUUCGCGUUCCUGCGCCAGGAGCUGCCCGUGCGCCUCUCCAACAUCAUGAAGGAGAUCAACCUGCUCCCGGACCGAGUGCUGCGCACGCCCUCCGUGCAGCUGGUGCAGAGCUGGUAUGUCCAGAGCCUGCUGGACAUCAUGGAAUUCCACGACAAGGACCCCGAGGACCAAGCUACGCUGGGACAGUUCACGAACGCGCUGGUGACGAUCCGGAACCGGCACAACGACGUUGUCCCCACCAUGGCGCAGGGCGUCAUCGAGUACAAGGAGACGUACGGGGACGACCCCGUGUCCAACCAGAACAUCCAGUACUUUCUGGACCGCUUCUACCUGAGCCGCAUCUCCAUCCGCAUGCUCAUCAACCAGCACACUGUCCCUGGGGUGUCUCCAGCUUGCUGUCCCCUCCCCAGCCCUGCUCUUCGAUGGCAGCACCAACCCUGCACACCCCAAACACAUCGGGAGCAUCGACCCCCACUGCAACGUGGCCAACGUGAUGCCUACAACAUGGCCAAGCUGCUGUGUGACAAAUACUACAUGGCCUCACCAGAGCUGGAGAUCGAGGAAGUCAACGCCUGCAACGCGCAGCAGCCCGUGAGCAUCGUCUACGUCCCGUCCCACCUGUACCACAUGCUCUUUGAGCUCUUCAAGAACGCCAUGAGAGCCACGGUGGAGAGCCACGAGAGCAGCCCGCGGCUGCCAGCCAUCAGGGUGAUGGUGGCCCUGGGCCAGGAGGACCUGUCCAUCCGGAUGAGUGACAGGGGCAUGGGAGUGCCUCUGAGGAAGAUCGAGCGGCUCUUCAGCUACAUGUACUCCACAGCCCCCACCCCCCAGCUGGGCUCCGGGGGGGCCCCCCUGGCCGGGUUUGGCUACGGGCUGCCCAUCUCCCGCCUCUAUGCCAAGUACUUCCAGGGGGACCUGCAGCUCUUCUCCAUGGAGGGCUUCGGCACCGACGCCGUCAUCUACCUGAAGGCGCUGUCCACGGACUCGGUGGAGCGGCUGCCCGUGUACAACAAGUCGGCGUGGCGGCACUACCAGGCCAGCCAGGAGGCCGGGGACUGGUGCGUGCCCAGCACCGAGCCCAAGAACACUUCCACCUACCGUGUGCCCUGAGCCCUCCCCGAGUGCCCCGGGACCCCCAGACCCACCCUCGGGGUGUCCCCGAGUGCCCUGGGGGGGGCGGGAUUUGGCUCCCCGGUUCUUUGGGUUCCUUGGGAAGUGUGGGAUGUGGGUGUGUCCUGGCAUCCCCACCUUGGUGGCACUUAGGGACAGAGCUGGUGGGGGGGGGGAGGUGUUGGAGCAGCACCUGUGGCUCCCUCACCACACCCCAAAUUCCCCACUUGCCUCAGGGGGUGCCCCCCAUCCCAGCAAGGGACUGGUUCUGUCCCAGUAGGACCAGUAGCACUUCCCAGCACCCUGAUGGGGUGGGGGGGCCAGGCCUGAGCCCCCCCUCCCUCCCCAUGUUCCUGUCCCUGUCCCUCCCUGUUGUUGCACUACUGAGCUGUCCCCACCCCCGUGUCCCCCCCACUUGCUGUGACCUGCCCAAACCCCCCCUUCCAUCCCCCAAAUUCUCCCCUUACCCCUCCCAGUGUCAAUAAAUUGGAUGUUGACUGA